UAAUAUACACGUAUGAUGAAUAUUUAUGAAGAAAUUAAUAUUCUAUAUGUUUCAGGUGAUGAUCCCAUGAUGCUAUGGGUCAUCGGUAGUACCAUUUUCACAAUGAUUGUCUAUUGGUUAGUCGGUGGCAUUUAUAUUUUCAUGGAUUUGACUAACCGUCCAGCAUUCCUGCGCAAAUACAAAAUUCAGCCGGGCACUAAUGAGCCGGUCGAAACCGAACGUUUAAUGAAGGUUAUGUGGCGCGUAAUAAGCAAUCAGCUAUUUGUUGGUAUUCCAUUCGCUUUUCUCAGCUAUAAACUAAUGACAUUGCGUGGCCUCAACUCAAUACGCGAAUUGCCAACAUUCCACUGGGUUUGUGUAGAACUGACCGUGUGCAUUCUAAUGGAAGAGUUAGGCUUCUACUAUUCCCAUCGACUGUUGCAUAAUAAACAUAUUUAUAAAUUUAUACAUAAGCAACAUCACGAAUGGACAGCACCAAUAGCGGUUACGGCAAUCUAUUGCCAUCCCAUUGAGCAUAUCUUUAGCAAUUUACUGCCUCCAUUUCUGGGCGUUUUUCUAAUGAACACACACGUUGCCACGGCUUGGAUGUGGUUUGCUCUAGCCAUCCUAUCGACACUCAAUGCGCAUUCCGGUUAUCAUUUGCCCUUCUUUCCCAGUCCAGAGGCGCAUGACUUUCACCAUUUGAAAUUCAACAAUUGCUUCGGCGUGCUAGGUGUUUUGGAUCGUCUACAUGGCACUGAUAUUUUAUUCCGAGCAACUAAGUCGUACACGCGACACAUUAUGAUGUUGAGUUUCGUGCCACCGCGUGAGGCCUUCCCGGAUUCAUCAACUAAAUAAAAUUAUUUAUAAAAUUCAAGUGGGAUGCAUUUUUCAACUUGGUUUUAAUAUUUGGCAAUACUUGUAGAUUUAAGUUGCAAUCUUUAAAUUUAUGUGAUAUGAAUGUAUGUAUGUAUAAAUGUAGCUAAAUAAGGCAAUAAGAUAAAUAUUAAUAAUCUGAAAUAGUCAUUUAUA